AAACAAUGCUGAUUUAAAAAUACCCGGAAGUGAUUAAUAAAUCACAACCAUAAUUCUGUUUUCUUCAGUUCUUAAGAUAAACGAAGGAUGGUUGAAUUUAUGUGAGGACUGCUUGUUAUGAAGCAAAGAGUAAUAAAUUUCAGUUCCUCUCACAAAUCUCACAAUGAAAAAACAUUCACACGUAUAUGAUUCACAAAGUUCCAAAGAAUUUCAAUAUAGUGUAUCUGUGAAUUCUUCAAAGUCUGAUACAUCUACACCAACAUUCCAUGAAUGUUUUUCUUCAGUUGAACAGCUAUCUGGACCUGUGUCUAAACUGAAUGAAAUAAUUCAAGAUCUUAUUGAUUACAAAAACGACGCUGAAUUUGCUGCUAUGACUGCUUCAGAUUUAGCUAAACGCCUUCAGUCUAACAUUCCGGUUGAUGAAGCAUUUCAAGUUGUACAAUAUAUUCAUAAAUUUGCACGUUAUCAAGCUGCUCGUUGUGGCUUAGUGAAUUGUUCUGAGGUAUGCUGA